ACUACCCCUUAAGUAUUCGGCUGAGACAACGCCUGGUAUGGCAUUGGCAGCUACAUGUCUAGUAUCUUCUAUCAGCCUCAUCGAGUCUGUAGACCAGCUGAACGCCAUGCAGAGCACUUUGAAGAGAGUGAAAUCCAUGGCCUUGUUUCUGGGCCUCUGUGUGCAGCACCAUCUGUCGCUGUGCAUUCUUGUGACCUGACCUUUAACUGCUGAAAGUGUGUAUAGAUCUAGUCGUCCAUUGUACCAUUAAAAUCUUUGACCCUGACCCCAAUCAGAAUGUCCACAGGAAACCAGGAAGUCACUUGAAAACCAAGGGAAGCUUGACGAGACCCAUGUGGUGUUCACUGAACCAGUGUGGUUUCCCUUUACCCCGGCGGACAGAGUAGCUUUCACUUGCUCAGCUGUUUGCUGUUUCCAGGUCCCUUUGCUUGAAUGUAUUGCCUUGACAAUCUAUCAGCACUGGUAUUCUGAUACUGCAACUUAAAAUUGAACUGGUUUAGUUCUGACGUCCAUCUCCUCUCCAAUGUUCAGCUUUGCUGUUGCAGAGUGACUCGGGAGAUUAAACAGUUUUCCUAACAGACAGCAUGAUUUCCACAUAAUAUCCAAUGCCACAAAACCAAACUGCCUCAACCAAUGCAGUUUUUUUGCCCAAACCUAACCAUGGACAGUAAUGUAACCUUGGGUCCUGGUGUGUCAGUCUGGGUUUGUCUACUCUCAUCUGCACACCUCCCUGUUUCUCCAGUGUGGUUUAUAAAGGUAGUUUCUUAUUCGGUGAAAGAAACAUGCAGGCAUAAAACGGUGAUGAUGAGUCAUGAAAAAAAAUGUACAUCUGUCUCCAUGUACACGAGUCCUAUAGAUGAUACAAACUGCUGUGAUAGAAUGUUGAUCGUGACCCUGUGAAUCAGAAUCUAAUUAGACAUUCCCACUCCUAAUACUGCAUAUUCAUUAUGGUAAUGAGACAGGGGUUGAUAAAAAUCAAGACUGUGCCCAGUGCCUUGGUCAUCACCCACCAACACUGAUGCCGCAACAAACUUGAGCAUUUAAAAGGUAAGGCAUUUUCAUCCAGAGAUGGAUUGUUGUCAUUUUACAUUCACGCAGGACAAAAUAUUUUGAAACAUAUUUUUCAUAUUGAAAAUACUGUUACUUGCUGAAAGCAAACUGAUUUGCAGGAUCUCGGAAACAUGGCACCAGAAGUCAGCGUCAGCCAAACUUAUGCUGACUUACAUCUGUGUCAUAAGAGAGAAAAUGUGUCUGACAUACUGACAAGCCCUCCUUCCGCAGCAUGUAUUUUAUUAUACAUAUUCAUUGGCUCACUGUCUGUUGUCACAGUGUGUGGAAACCUUCUUGUCAUAAUCUCCAUCAUUUAUUUCAAACAGCUGCACACUCCUACAAACUGUCUCAUUCUCUCUCUGGCUGUGGCUGACCUGCUUGUUGGUGUUUUAGUUUUUCCUCUCAACAUGGAAUUCACUGUGACCUUCUGUAUGUAUCAUAAUGAUUUAUUCUGUAAAAUACGAGACACUGUUGAUGGAACUCUGGGCACAUCUUCCAUUUUGAAUUUAUGUUGUAUUUCCAUUGACAGAUAUUAUGCAGUGUGUCAGCCUCUGACAUAUGCAACUAAGAUGAAUGUUUGUGUUGUUGUGAUCAUGAUCCUGGUGAGCUGGGGUGUUUCUGUUCUUCUUGCAGUUGGUUUUGCAAUUGCAGGAUUAUACCGGGAAAAAUGUGGAGAUAUGUGUUUUAUCAAUAUUCUAUUUGCCAACAUUUUAGGACCCAUUUUCUCAUUUUACCUCCCAGUGAUCAUAAUGCUCUGUAUCUACCUGAAGAUUUUCCUUGUUGCACAGAGACAGGCUCGCAGCAUCCAGAGCAUAAAGUCUGGAGCAGCUGUCAGUAAGAUGGAGAGAAAGGCCACAAAAACACUUGCAAUCGUCAUGGGAGUUUUUGUGAUGUGUUGGUCUCCUUUCUUUCUCUGUUUUACCUCUCAGGUUUUGAGUCUUGUGUCAGUGCCUGUUGUUGUAUUUGAAGCUCUGAACUGGCUUGCAUUGUCCAAUUCAAUGCUCAAUCCAUUUAUCUAUGCUUUCUUUUACAGCUGGUUCAGAUCGGCAUUCAGAACGAUCAUUUCUGGAAAAAUAUUUCACGGUGAUUUAACUAAUGCAAAACUGUUGUGAAAUAUUCUCUGGAGUACUGAAAUGGAGAACUGAUGAGUCAUUGUUGAAAAAAUUUCCCAUAAUAAAAAUUAAACAUGUGUUCCAUCUUUUGUUUUAUUUAAAUUAUACUCUAUAUAUUAACAUGUGCUUGUGUGUGUGAGUGUGCGUCAUUUUUUUGCAGGAUGCCACAACAUAAUACCCUUUGUUCAUUUUGCUAAACUUUAAUUGUCAACUGAUCCCACAUUAAAAAACCUUACUUAGUAAAUUUGGGUUUAAAUGUCUUUCAGGUUUAUCUUUCACAAAAUUGCAGGAAUCUGAUUAGGAAAAAGGCAGUGCCUGUGUCAGUGCCUUUGCAUAAAUAUUCUAUGUUCAUGACACAAAAUUCAUAAAGGAGUUCUUGCUGAAAUAAAUUGCUACAUAAAUCAAAAGAAUGCUCAGUUCCAUGUAAAGUUAAAAUAUAAAUUUGACGUAAUUUAAUAGGUUAUAGUAUAAGAAUAUAAUGAUUUAUAAUGAGCAAAGAGCACAAGUGUAUUGUUCAUUGUAGUAUCACUAUGACGAAAUUCAAUGAGAAACUGCAGCAAAGGCAAAGGUGAGACACCUCUGGAGGCCUGUGGCUGAGGU